CUCCCGGGGAGGCGGGGUAAGGCUAAGGGGUGUGUGUGUCCACGGCCUGUCUGCAGUGCCCUUAGAAACAGAAGACCUUAAGAGUUUUCGUCGGUAUACUUUGUUGUGAUUGGCCUGGAGUAGGAUUCCCCACCCACCUGAUUUAUUUUCUGCCUUCGUUUUAUUUGCUUCCUCUGCUCACAUACCUCCUCGCCUCAACACUUGAGAGCAGCAGCCAUUCAUGCGUGGUGCACUGUGAACUCCUGUGAUAAUUAGCCAACAGCAGCUUUGUUUGUACAGCCUUAUACCAGAAGACGGAAAAUGGCCUGUGCUGAGUGUCCUUUUCAUGUGCCAAGUCUAGAGGAGCUUGCUGGAGUUAUGCAGAAGGGGCUAAAAGAUAACUUCGCUGAUGUCCAGGUCUCUAUAGUUGAUUGCCCUGAUAUGACUAAGGAACCAUUUGCCUUUCCAGUGAAAGGCAUCUGUGGGAAAACUAGAAUUGCAGAAGUAGGAGGUGUGCCUUACUUAAUGCCUCUUGUAAACAGAAAAAAAGUUUAUGAUCUGAAUAAGAUUGCAAAAGAAAUCAAACUGCCUGGAGCAUUUAUUCUUGGAGCGGGUGCAGGCCCAUUUCAGACUCUUGGGUUCAAUUCUGAGUUUAUGCCAGUUAUUCAAACAGAAAGUGAACACAAACCUGCUGUGAAUGGAAGUUACUUUGCUUGUAUUAACCCUGCAGAUGGAGGGUGCCUACUACAGAAAUACAGUGAGAAGUAUCAUGAUUUUGGAUGUGCAUUACUGGCUAAUCUUUUUGCCAGUGAGGGCAAACCUGGCAAGGUCAUUGAGGUAAAAGCCAAAAGAAGAACUGGACCACUUAACUUUGUGACUUGCAUGAGACAGACUCUGGAAAAACAUUAUGGAGACAAGCCUGUAGGAAUGGGAGGUACUUUCAUUAUUCAGAAGGGAAAAGUAAAGGCUCACAUUAUGCCAGGAGAAUUUUCUUCCUGCCCACUGAAUUCUGAAGAAGAUGUGAAUAACUGGUUGCAUUUUUAUGAGAUGAAGGCUCCUUUGGUCUGUCUACCAGUUUUUGUCUCCAGAGAUCCAGGCUUUGAUUUACGACUGGAGCACACUCAUUUUUUCAGUAAUCAUGGAGAAGGUGGACACUACCAUUAUGACACCACCCCUGACACAGUGGAAUAUCUGGGAUACUUCUUACCUGCAGAGUUUCUCUAUCGUAUCGAUCAGCCAGAAGAGACCCAUUCUAUUGGGCGAGAUUAAAUCAGCUGAUCUCAUUUAGAAAGAGCGUAGUUAACUAAGGUUAAUUAACUAACUCAUUAACUGACACUAACUUAAAUUCCAAUGGAAAUGACAUUACUACUUAAACCCUAUUUUUCUUAGCCUUUACAAUGAAAAGGAAUAUUGACACUGCAUUUUGAAUGACUUCAUAGAUCUGUCAGAAAAAGAUUAUUGGGAGCAAUGAUACAUAAUUGAAAUCUUUUUUGCAUAUAUACACUUACUGAACCAACAUCAUUUUUUUACUGGUAUGAUAGUAAGAAAAUCUGUUUCGUUUAUACCUCAUAUAUAACAGUAAUAAUUUGCAUUGAUAUUACAUUAUUAUAAUUUUCAGUCUCAAUAACUAAAUGGAUAUUUCUGGAUAUUAGAAAAAAUCAUUCUUUAGAAAUGUUGAUAGUACUGAUUUAAAAAAUCUGUUCUAGGCUGGCGCCGCGGCUCAAUAGGCUAAUCCUCCGCCUUGCAGCGCCGGCACACUGGGUUCUAGUCCCGGUCGGGGAGCCGGAUUUUGUCCCAGUUGCCCCUCUUCCAGGCCAGCUCUCUGCUGUGGCCCAGGAGUGCAGUGGAGGAUGGCCCAAGUGCUUGGGCCCUGCACCCCAUGGGAGACCAGGAGAAGCACCUGGCUCCUGCCAUCGGAUCAGCGCGGUGCGCCGGCCACAGCGCACCAGCUGCAGCGGCCAUUGGAGGGUGAACCAAUGGCAAAAGGAAGACCUUUCUCUCUGUCUCUCUCUCUCAUUGUCCACUCUGCCUGUCAAAAAAAAAAAAAUCUGUUCUAGAAAUCAGAUUAUUCCUUCUUCAAGGAGCAAGAUGGGCAGGGGAGCCCUUCUUUCUUCUGGGGAAGUUAAGCUCUACUCAGAAGUUGGCAGUUUGCCUUUCACAAACAUCAGCAAAUAGUUAGCCAUGAUUCUUCCUGUUAUUGGAUUGUCCCCUGGAAACACUUUAUACCUUGUUGGUCAUUUGCAAGAAGAGAAGAGAAAAAACAUCAAAAUUUAACAUUAAUGUGACCAUUUAAGGGACCUUCAAAUAGUUUGUGGAAAAUGCAUUUAAUAAAAACUAUGCAUAGAUUUCAAAAUCUUCACACCAAAGUAUCUUUUAAUUUCAUUUUCCACAAACUUUUUGAAGUUCCCUUGUACUUUAUAAGCAAAGCUGUUGCUAAACAUUAUCAUUGUCUUUUGUGGAAUACAAAAUUAUACUCUUUUACUGAUUAUAAUGGUUGAAAUUUUCCUCAUUGUUCUUCUAUACAAAUUACUAGCUGGAAAUAAACUCUAAUGUUGCUACUGCCAAUAAUGUGCAAAUUUACAAGCUCCUUAGUAAUAAGUAUAUAAUCUUCCAAGAUUUUUUUGCUUUGAAUGUUAGCUAUAACAUCUUAUGAAUAUAAAUGUCUACAUAUUAUUUUAAGUGAACACUAUUUGAAGCAAAUAAAAAGAAUUAAAAGUUUAUGGAGUGAGCAUUUAGCAAACCAGAUCAGUCACUACUUGGGAUACCCACAUCCCAUAUAAGAGAGCCUGGGUCAUGUCCUAGCUCUCCCAUUUUUGACCCAGCUCCCUGCUAAUGGGGGGCAGCAGAUGAUAACUCAAGUAUUUAGGUCACAGUCACCCACAUAGGAGACCUGGAUUGGGUUUCUGGCCCCUGGCCUCGGCCUGGCCCAGCCUUGGCUAUUUUGUGCAUUUGGGGAGUGAACCAGUGGAUGUAAGAUCUUUCUCUUUCUCUUUGCCAUUCAAAUAAAGUGAAAGUAAAUAAAUAAAAUUUUAUAUUCAUAA